ACUUUGACAUCGAAAAGGUCCACUUAUGUAGAUAUAAAUUUAGGUUUGGAGGAGAGACCCAAUAGAGAAAUCAUAGAAAGCUUAUAGUUUUUGUGUUAAUUCUAUUAAUUUUAAGGGAAAAGAAAUAAUGUAAAAUAAUACCAAACAUCCACAAAAAAAGGUUUUCAUGUCAUGCCUAAUUUAGCAUGACAAGGCAAGCUGACUAGUCUACUGAAGAUGACUCAGGGUUGCAGAACAGCAUCGAAGCUGAAGCUGGAGCUGGUGUGGGGUUUAGGGUUUUGAGAAGUCCCUAAUGGCCAUGGUUGCCUCCGAAAACGCGAAAUGGUUAAGAGCGUCCAUCGCCUUAGUCAUUGCAGCGGUUUCUGCUUCAGCAGCUGUUUCAGUUCUCAUUUUCAGGAGGAAGUCGAGGGAUUUAACUUCUAAGGUUCGUGAGCUUGAGAUCUCUCUCAAGGCUUCCUUAGAGAAAUGUGCUUCUGAGAGGCAAGGUAGAAUUAGGGCUCAGCAGUCUUUGAGGGAAGCAUUGACACAGGUCUCACAACAUAAUUCUGACAAGUUGGAUAUAGUGUCUUACCCCAUGAUACACAUUGCUGUCGUUCAAUCAUGCUUUACUACAAGAAAUGGGACGCCAAGGCAACCUUUGCUCGUACCUCUUGCUAGGGCAUGUUUAGUAUUUGAUUCAGGCCGGGUUCCUCCAGCAGCCCUUGAAGGUCUUGGAGAAUAUUCUCAUUGUUGGAUUCUUUAUGUUUUCCAUUUAAAUACAGACCUGGAAAAGUUAUGGAAGCAGCCAUCUAAGUCAAAGUUCAAGGCAAAGGUGAGGGUACCAAGACUUAAAGGUUGCAGGAUGGGAGUCUUUGCAACUAGAUCUCCACAUCGACUAUGCCCCAUUGGACUUACAGUUGCCAAAGUGGAGGCAGUGCGAGGACAUAUGGUUCUUCUUUCUGGUGUGGACCUUGUUGAUGGCACACCUGUACUUGAUGUCAAACCUUAUUUACCAUAUUGCGACAGCAUCCCAGGAGCAACAGUGCCUAAGUGGGAGGACAAUUUGUUAUCCGUUGCAUCUAUCAACUUCUCCCAGGAAUUCUUUUCCACUCUUUCCAAUAUCUGGGUGACUGCUGAGAAAAGAUCACUCUAUGCAUCACCAGAUGAGAUCCAGAGCUUGAUCAAGCAGGUACUUUCAUGGGAUAUACGGUCAGUUUCGCAGCGAAAUCGACCUCAUAAUGGCUGUUCAAAGAUUGAAAACUGUUCUGUUGGUGAUACAACUUCAAAUUUAGAAGUAGAUGAAGAUCAAAUUUAUGGCAAUAAGGGUGGGCGAUUUCCUUCUAGUGAUACAACGUAUCAUCUAAUAUUGGAAGGACUUGACAUAUCAUACAGAAUUGAUGUUGAUAGUAACAUUACUGUAGAGAAAGCCUCACUUUCAACUGUAGUCCACAAUGGUAGUCAAAAGACUCAAAACAACUGUAAUUACAUGAUGUGGAGAGAUAGACUUGGUUAAUUUAGUUCUGGUACUUAAACCUUAUGUUUUAAUUAAUUCUUGUGUUAUAAAAUUACAUACUACUGCAUUUUCUGCACCAA